AUCCACGGGAAUUUGAAGCCGCGAUAAGAAUGAGCUUCCACGCCCAGCACUGCCUGCAUGGCUAAUCGGCCGUCGGGCGUGUGUUCGGAGAUCCGGCUCGAAUACGCCCAGCAGAUGAAGGCGUUGCCGUUGGGAAGAGUCUGGAAGUUGCCUGCAGUACAAUGAGUCGAGCUCGCUGUGAAAUAACCCGAUUAUAUACCUCGUGCAUUGAUCAAAUGCGCAUUUGGAUGUGCAUACUCCUGCGCCACUUCUGCAGUCAUGCUUUGGAGGUCGAGGGAGAGCACGAGACCUCUCGAGUAGUCAUGAGUGCUCUUCGCGGACUUGUCAUCGCCCAUGGCAUUGUCAAAAGCGUCAUCACGAUGUGAGUUUUGUUUUGUGAAGCAAUCUGCGCAUCAUGCUGUCGGGAGAAUCUCCCGGCUUUGAGGAACGGGAUUCCAAAACGUUGCAGUUACGUUUCGCAUGGAGUGCCGAGGGUCACAUCGAUGUCAAUGAAAGCUUCGUCAAGCCGGUCUGCAAUGGCGUUUGGGACUUUUUACACGCGAAUUCCGUCGACAAGUUCCCUGGUGGCGACUACUUGCUCUGCGGCAGACACACCGACACUCUGUACAAGAUCUCCGGCCAGGACGGCACAAUCCUUUGGAGGUUUGGAGGGAAACAAAGCGACUUUGCAUUUCAGGGCCAUUUCUCCGGCCAACACGACGCUCGGAUCAUCGCUCACAACGAAACCUAUACCGUCAUCUCCAUCUUGGACAACGCCAUCCGGCCCGGGCUGCAACCUACGACUAACAACUACUCACGAGGAAUGUUGAUUGGCCUCCACACUGAUACGAUGGUUGCCAGUGUCCUCCAGACCUACCCUCACCCACACGGUGGAUACGCUGUUGGGAGGGGAAACUUCCAAUUGCUAGGCAACGGAAAUGCCUUUCUGGGCUGGUGGAUGCAAGGUCUGAUUAGUGAGUAUACGUCUGAUGGCCGACUCCUGAUGGACGCGAGUUGGCUUCCUCGACUCAAAUCGUACCGCAGCUACAAAUUCGACUGGGUCGGGCAUCCCGCGGAACCGCCUGAUGUUUUUGUGAGAAGCGCUUGGACUGAAGGACGAAUGCAAACGAUGAUCUAUGUGAGCUGGAAUGGAGCGACGGAAGUCGAUCAUUGGGUGGUGUACAAAGCAUCCGGGGACGACGGUUCGAGGAAACGACUGGCUGCUUUCAAGCGGACUGGAUUCGAAACAGCUUUCAAGUACGACGGAUUCGAAGGAGAUAUGACGAUCGAAGCCAUCGAUCGAAGUGGCAGUCCGUUGGGGGAGUCCUUGAUUGUGACAAUCGAGCAGCCAAAAAGAACACGAUGGACGUACGGCCUCGAGCGAGCUCGACGGACCCGCAUUAGUGCCUUCGCGCUUUGCAGUCUUGUUGUCGUUUGCGUGCUGGUAGGCGUUUCUUUGGGGCUCCUCAGGAAGAGCAGAUUCUUGAUGAGCGGAUGGGAUCUACGCGGCCAGAAGUUGUACGAGCGAGAUAUCUUGAGACGAUCAAAAUGGUUAUAGAGGGCAUCCUGCAUAAUGAGGAUUUUUUUCGUACUGUAAAGAGCACAAGGGACGGGGGAACAGU